AUGCGCACUCCUCUCCUCGCCCUCGCUCUCGCGGCGACCGCUGCGUCUGCUUCGCCGCUCUCGAAGCGCAACCUUGCACUCCAGCCCGCCGGCACGACCACCCCGCCCUCGCAGGACCCGUUCUACCAGGCCCCAAACGGUUUCCAGCGCGCCGACAACGGCCAGGUCUUCAAGGCUCGUCCCGUCUGGACGCCCUUUGACUCGGAGGCGUCGGCGGCGUAUCAGGUCCUCUACAAGACGACCCUCGCGACGGGCGAGGAUGCCGUCACGGCCGCGACCCUCUACGCCCCCUUGAAGCCCGCGUCGCCCCCUCGCAUCAUGGUCCUCGCCGCGCCGAUCGACUCUGCCUGCCGCGACUGCGAGGUCACGUACGCCUUGCAGAACGGGGGCGGCUCGAACGCGACCGACUUUAUCCUCUCCGCCGUCGCUAUCGACGUCUUUGCCGGCUUGUACAAGGGAUGGUACGUUGCCGUGCCGGACCACGAAGGGCCCAAGGCCGCCUACAUCGCCGGCGUCCAGGAGGCCUUCGGCGUCAUCGACGGUCUCCGCGCCAUGCUCAACUUCCCCAACAUCCUCCCCAAGACGGACGGCUACAAGGCUGUCCUCCACGGCUACUCGGGCGGAGCGCACGCCAGUGCCUGGGCGAACCAGUUCCUCUCGACUUAUGGAAAGGGAUUGAACGUUGUCGCUGCCGCGUACGGUGGCACGCCUGUCGACUCGUUCUCGACACUCGACCUCCUCAACGGCAGCCCUGGCGCCUACCUUGCCUGGGGCGCCUUGACCGGUCUCGCCAACGCCUACCCCGAGCUGGACGACUUUUUUAAGCGCGAGCUCUUCCCGAACGGCACCGCCGCGCUCAAGGCCGCCCGCUCGCUGUGCAACACCCAGCUCGCUCCCGUCCUGUACAACCAGAGCUUCUACUCGUUCUUCCGCUACGGACGCCAGACGCUCAACAUGUCGACUGCCGCCAAGUACACGAACCUCGGCUUGCUCGGAAACCCCGUCCAGCAGGACAUCUCGCCUGCUGCGACAACCGACGGUGUCGUCCACAUCCCCACCUUCAUGUACCACUCGAUCACCGACAACAUCGUCUCGUACAAGCCCGUCCCGGCGUACGUCAAGUCGCAGUGCGAUCGCGGCGCCAAGAUCCUCUUCGAGUCCGCUCCGGGCUUCAACCACACCGUCGCGGCCGUCGUCUGGACCGCCGACGCCUACAACUACCUCGACUCCGCGUUCAACGGCACGCUCAAGCUCGACCAGUGCAACCAGACGCUUGGCGUCUCGACCCAGCCUGGUACGCCCGAGUACAUUGCGGCGAUUGGACCGUCUGCGUGGAACCUCAUCAAGGGCGCUAUGUGA